AUCGUUUUUGUCGAAUUAAAACGUGGCAGCGAUCCCGGAAAUCGGUCGGAAACGACAGCGGAAAAACCGGGGACCCUACGUCAGCAAAAGCAGAGCGUCAGAUCACAAGCGACCGACUCUACAACCGCAACGCUCAGACCACAGUCCAUCUUCCAUUCAAUCCACGGCCACGAUCGCCUCAUCAUACUAUCACCGCCGCCGCUAUUCUCUCCUCCCAGAUAAAGAUAAAGAUCGCCCCGCCCGCUUCCAGUUGUACCCCUCUCUCUCUCUCUCUCUCUCUCUAUGUAUGUAUGUAUGUAUGUAUGUAUAUUCGUAGCCAUAUUGCUUGCCUUUGCCGUGAAGCUACUCAUCGAAGUUAGGGUUUGAGAUUCGGCGGAGGUAUAUCAGUAUAUGUAUCUGUCGGAGAAGCCUCUUCCGGUUGAUUUCUGCCGGGAAGGAGGGAAUAGGGGGAUGGUGAUCGGAGUCCCCUCCAAUGUCGAGCUGCCGGCUAGCAAUUUUAACCACCACCACCAGCAGCAGGACCAGAUGAUUCUUGGCGACAGCGGCGGGGAAGACGCCGAGAUGAGAGCGCCAAAGAAGAGGGCGGAGACUUGGGUGCACGAGGAGACUCGGAGCCUCAUCGCCUUCCGCCGGGAGGUCGACUCCCUCUUCAACACCUCCAAGUCCAACAAGCAUCUUUGGCAUCAAAUCUCCACCAAGAUGAAGGACAAAGGGUUUGAUCGCUCCGCCACUAUGUGCACGGACAAGUGGAGGAACCUGUUGAAGGAGUUCAAGAAGGCCAAGCAGCACCAGGAUAGGAGCAGUGCCUCGGCCAAAAUGUCGUACUAUAAGGAGCUUGAAGACCUACUCAGAGAUAGGACCAGCAGUGGUGCUUACAAGUGCCCCGUCUCUUCCAAAGUCGACCUGUUCCUUCAGUUCCCGGAUAAAGGCCUGGAGGAUGGCAACAUCCCAUAUGGACCAGUAGAAGCUGGUGGCCAAUCAACCGUCAACCUCGAAAGAUCUUUGGAUCACAAUGGUGACCCUCUAGCCAUUACUGCAGCUGAAGCAGUUGCGGCUGCUGGAGUACCCCCUUGGAAUUGGAGGGAAACCCCUGCAAAUGGCUGCGAGGGCCAAACUAAUUAUGGCGGGAGGAUCAUAACGGUGAAGUGGGGCGAAGUCACUAGAAGGAUUUCGGUAGAUGCAACUGCAGAGGCAAUCAAGGAGGCGAUCAGGUCUACUUUUGGCAUAAGAUCUAAACGGCCGUUUUGGUUGGAGGAUGACAAUAAUGUUGUAUGGAGCUUUGACAGGAGCGUACCGUUUGGCACUUACAAUCUGCAGUUUGAUGAGGGACUCCCGAUAAAAGUAUGCCUCUACGAUGAGUCUGGUCACGCAGUAGUUCGAACUGAGGACAUAAUUCUGUAUACGGCUGAUGAAUAUGGGGAUUACCUCACUCGAAAUGGCCUUACAGGUUUGAGGGAGAUAAAUGGCGGCUGCUAUAGGACCUUGUUUAAUUUGGAUGAUCUCAGGGCAGAAGGAAUGUACCAGGGGGUGAGAAUCCUGAGAGACUAAUAGAGAUUAGUUGCAAGUUAUUCUGUAAAAAAUAAUUCCUUUCCUUUUAUCAACUCUAUUAGGAUUGUGAAUACAUAAUCAUAAUAUGGGAUCUGGGUAUA